CGCUUGGCUCGAAAGGAAAAGGAAGUAGCGCACGUUCUACUCUAGUUUGACCCUUGUGGAUGUAGAAUUUACGAUUACCGCGAAUGAAUUCCGUUAUUUUGGUUACAUGUAUCUAUAAAAGUCGCAGCAAUAAUUCAGCAGCAUGAGGCUGACAGCGUUGCUUUCUAUGGCAGCAAAAGCUGCAUUUCCACGCGAUUAUCGUUUUGGCACGAACAGACCGUGGACGAUCGCUGCUCAGCGGCGCAAUCCACUAGGCAAGAAAAGAAGAAAGGUGUUCGUUGAACCGAUUGCUAACGAGGACUGGCAUGUCUUGAGAGGAGACACCGUGGAGAUUUUGUCCGGAAAGGACAAAGGAAAGCAGGGCAGAGUUGUUCAGGUGUUCCGACAUCGAAACUGGGUCAUUCUCGAGGGCCUGAACACGCAUUUCAGGUAUAUCGGCAGAUCUGGAGAUUACCGGGGGACUUACAUCGCCAGUGAAGCCCCUCUGCUGCUGAAGGAUGUUACAUUGAUCGACCCUACUGACUUGAAGCCCACAGAUGUUCAGUGGAGAUACACCGAAGAGGGCGAGCGAGUGCGUGUUUCUGUGAGGACGGGACGCAUUAUUCCCAAACCGGUUUAUCAGAGAAGAGAUGGCAUCAUUCCCCAGCAAUGGAAAGAUGGACCCAAAGACACGGCACCGGAUGACGCGCUUCAGAAAACGCACACGCCGUCUUUGAAAACUCUAGAGGAAGAGGUUAUGGAGAAAAUGAACAUCCAGGAGGAUAGAAGGCCUCGUAAAAGCUACUGGUACUGAGUUACCACAGAGACUGUGUAUGGCGUGUGUGUUUGAGCUUCACGACAUUAGUAAGAUAAUUUAUCAUGGAGAAAAAAACUGUAUGUGUUCUGCAGACUUUUGUCAAUAAACCCAACCAAAUGUU